AUGCCGACCAAUUGCGCCGCGGCGGGCUGUGCCACCACCUACAACAAGCACAUUAACAUCAGCUUCCACAGGUUUCCCUUGGAUCCUAAAAGAAGAAAAGAAUGGGUUCGCCUGGUUAGGCGCAAAAAUUUUGUACCAGGAAAACACACUUUUCUUUGUUCAAAACACUUUGAAGCCUCCUGUUUUGACCUAACAGGACAAACUCGACGACUUAAAAUGGAUGCUGUUCCAACCAUUUUUGAUUUUUGUACUCAUAUAAAGUCUAUGGUAGAAACCAAGUCAAGGAAUCUUUUGAAGAAAAACAACAGUUGUGCUCCUUCUGGACCAUCUAACUUAAAGUCAAACAUGAAUAGUCAUCAAGUACUACUUGAACACAGUUAUGCCUUCAGGAACCCUAUGGAGGCAAAAAAGAGGAUCAUUAAGCUGGAGAAAGAAAUAGCAAACUUACGAAGAAAAAUGAAAACUUGCCUACAAAAAGAACGCAGAGCAACUCGAAGAUGGAUGAAAGCCACAUGCUUUGUGAAGAAUUUAGAAGCAAAUAACAUGUUACCUAAGGGCACAUCAGAACACAUUUUACCAACUGCCUUCAGCAGUCUUCCUUUGGAAGACUUCAAGAUUCUUGAAGAAGAUCAACAAGACAAAACAUUACCACUUCUCUAAAUCUAAAACAGACCAAGAAUAUUCACAUUCAAGGUUUUUUUUGCACAGAACUUGAUGCCCAUCCUGCAUUAUUUUCAGAGGUAAAGAUAUUUAUGGCAAUUAUGCCAAAACUGAGUAUUUAAUAAAGUUUUACUUGAUGUAGCAUUAUUACUGUAUAAUUUAAUACCUGAUUAUAAAAAAAAGUAGAAACUUUUAUUUCAGAAUGAAUGGAAGUGCCUUACAUGAGGAAUGUACUUAGAAGUUUUGCUAGGAAAUAUAUAUUUGCAAGGUGUUGUUGUUUUUGUCUUUUUAAACUACUGUUAAAGAACAACCUAUGACCAGUAAUAUAAUCUAUAUUAGAGAAUUUUUUUUCCUGUACCAAAGUUAGGAUACUACAUUCUAAGUAAGAUGCUAAGGAUGAGUUUAUCAUAUUAACUGUGACCUUAAAACUGCUGGAUGUUGUAUUUAGUUAUUAUUGGCACUGUGGUUUGAAAAUUUAUAAAACAAAAUAUGAGGUGCAGGGCAAGUUACUUUACUUAAACUUUUUUUUAACCAGUAAAAGUAACCGUAUCAUGGCCUCUUUUAUAAGAAUAUUAGAUUUUAAAAUAAGUUAUGAAAUGUUUUGAAAACAGUAUUUUUGAACGUGAAGGACCUUUUUUGAGUUAUUUAAACUAGGUAAGCCUUCAAGUACCUCAGACUAGUAAAAACUGGGAAUUGAUUAUACCCACCUUCUAAGAAAACAUGUUGUGAAAUAUUGCAAGGUGCAGGAUUUUUUUUUGAUAAUUAAAAUAUUAUAUUUCCAAUUUCCAGUUUGGUAAAUUAAUAAGCUUAUAUACUAGACAUAUACUCCUUUGCUCCUGUGUGUGUUGAUAGCAAAACUCUUCAGCUUUUUUUUAAACUACUUUCUAAAUAUAGUCUAUAUAGGUAUAGUAGUUUUUU